AUGUUGUCGUUGAGCUUGAGUGUGGCUCUGGCAGGCCUGCUGCUAGGGUCACCUGCAAGAGUGUCUGCGCUGGAGCUGGAUAUCAACAGCACGCAAUCAAUCAAAGAUGCCGCAGCAGUAACAGUUGCGAAUACACUCUCUAACUCAUCCCUCAGUGGCGAUGUCAACCCGGUGUACGGCGACGAUAAUCAGUGGCUCUUUAACUCAUCGACCGUCGAGGCGUGGCUCUACUCGACAUUGAUCCCGUUUUGGAACCUAACCGGCAAUGAUACCUACAACGACUUAAUCACCAAGCGCAUGUACAGUAAAGCGGACUUAGAACUCGGCACCUCAUGGGAAGAAUCCAACAACGACACGAAUAUGAAUCAUGCUGCCUGGGCGCUGGCCGCUGUGACGGCGGCUGAGAUGGGCUUUCCAGCCGAGUCUUCCAAUGUUUCCUGGCUCACUUACGCGGAGCAGGCCGAGGGGACCUUACUUAGUACCUUCGACUUUUCAACCAUAUGCGGCGGCGGCCUCGAGGCCGAGAAUGAUGACUUGAGCCUGAACAACAGAUCAGUGAAGGACGCCGUGAGUAACGGGGAGUUCUUCCAGCUGGCUUCGCGGCUAGCAUAUCUCACUAGUGGCGACGAUCAAUCCGGCUAUGCAAGCGACGCAGAAAAGGUCUGGGAGUGGAGCGUGGAUAGUGAAAUGGUGCUCGAGAGCAACUGGACCAUCAAUUUUCUUGUUAUAAAUACGACCGCCAGUGGAAAUUGCACGGGAUACUACGGGAAUCGGAUCGAGUACACCUAUCCAUACGGCUUGUACUUGAGCGGUGCAGCAUACAUGUACAACGUGACCGGCGCAGCCACUUGGAAAACAAGGGCAGAAGGUUUGCUAAAUACCACUCUGAGUAUGUUUAUCGAAGAAGGGGUGAUAGUAGAACGGGGGUUCAAUGAGGACCCUGACCUGGGAUGGGCCGGCGACGUAGUCUGGGACGAUGAUGAGUAUGCCUUGAAGGGGCUUCUCGCAUCAUGCCUUGCGGUUACGACGCGUUUCCUGCCAGACACCAUCGACACGAUUGAACCGAUCCUCCGGAGUACUGCCAAGGCCGUUGCGAAGCAAUGCAGCGGGAUGAGUAACGGCACCGUCUGUGGUUCCGACUGGACCAUCUCAAGUUACGAUUAUAAUACCAACUUUUUCAGUUCGAUGAGUGCUGUGAAUGCCUUGACUGCCAAUCUCAUGAUGGCGCAGGAUUCCGUGAGCGCAAGUUCCGACGGGGCAAGUACCAGUGGCACGGGAGUGGGCACGGAGGGUGAUGGAAGCUCUAGUGGACUCUCCGGCGGCGACAUUGCCGGGAUUGUGGUGGGCUCUGUUGCUGGAGUCGCCUUGGUUGCUGCUGCUGCCUUUUUUGUCUUCCGAAAGAAGAGAAAAGGGACGGUAGGAGGAGCGGUCCCGGAGGAGCACACGGCCACCGACUCCAAAGGCAAUUAUCAGGCCGCCGAAGUUGAGCCAAACGAGAUUGCCGAGCUUCCCCAGGGUGCCGCGUCCUACACUUUCGCUGAGAUGGACACCGACACCCGGGUGGAGCCCCCACCCCAGGAGUUGCCGCCUCAGGAGUUGCAAAAGGCGAAGACGAUCCGUUAUGAAUUGGCCUAA